UCCCCCAGAGAGAACAGCUCCUAUAUCACAACUAAUGUGGUAGAAUUGGCUCAUUCAGACAUUAAGGUGACUCGACCGCUGGUCUCCAACAGGACUGAUCACACAUCCGCACACUGAGAUGAAAAGCAGAUGUUUGCUGCAGGUUGCUGUCAUCUUGUCAUCGCUAGUUUUAUCAAAGGCACAAAAUGUGACCGGUCCAGGACCCUCCUGUGUCUCAGCGAGUGUUGCCGACGGACAAACGCGCGUCACGUUUCUGCGCGAAGACGCAGCUGGUGUGCGCUCCUUGUACCUGAGCCUGUGGUCCGAAGACAUGCGACUUGUGACAUGCGAAGUGAACUCUAAUCCACUCGUUAUUGAGAAGUAUCGGUCUCUUUGUGACAGAAGCGGCAGCAGGAGUGAAGAAAUCAUCCAGAGGUUUAAUGUGAGUGUGUUGUUUGCGCCGGAUGCUCCCUGUGCGUUCGUCUCCUCCGGUGCGCAAAAGUUUACCAAGCGCACGAGAAGCGAUGGGACUGAGAGGAAAACUCGGAGGAAACGCGCAUGGAUACUGCCAGGCACGUUGUGGUGCGGCAGUGGAAGCAGAGCAGGCGAAUACGAGCAAUUAGGGAUGUUUGAGAGCGCAGAUAGAUGCUGCCGUGAGCACGACCACUGCCUGCAUAUCAUCCCAGCUUUCACAGUGAAUUAUGGAGUCUUCAACCCUAACUUGUAUACCGUCUCACACUGCGAGUGUGACCAAAGGUUUCGACAGUGCCUUAUGAGCGUGAAUGACAGCAUUUCUAACAUGGUAGGCUACAGCUUCUUCAACAUCCUCCGGGUUCCCUGCUUCGAGCUCAAACAGCAGAAGCGCUGCACUGAGAUGUACUGGUGGGGAAUGUGCAAAGCAGCCAAAGUGGCUCCGUAUGCAAUCUUCCAAAACCCUCUUUCCUACAACACCUCUGAUGUUACAAACAAAUCUGUGGACACUGACAGCAACAAGUUAACAAGUAUCGAGGAGCAACAAUCGACCGAGAGCCCCAUGAUUACCCCUCGCAGCAAGUCAUCCAAAGCUGAACAGAGAUGUGGCUUCAGAGAGCCACCCAGAGGAGACACUUUCCACCGCAAAAGGGCAAAGGGGAGAGGAUGCAAACGGCACCGGAAACUCUAUGGCGUAGCUCCCUCCCAAGUGCCCCAACUUUCAGGGGCAAACACCACGACUCCAUCAAGUGGGACUUUGUCAGUUAGGAAACGAGCUGGAAAAAAGAAGAGCAUCAAGAAGGAUCUAUUAGAUUACGUUCUACCACAGGUGACCACAAAAUCUACAACACCAUCAUGUACCCCACCUUUAACACGAAGGCCAACAGGAGGUAUCGCAGCAGUGACCAAAACCACCAGAAGUCAUGACAAGGCUCCAAAGCGAAGCCACUGUUGUGAAUCUGGGAUGCCUGUGAGGGGUGACUCUUUUCAGCCACGUUGUAAAAAUUGUCUGAAACAAGCAACAGCACCUCACCUGACAACUGUUGCCCCGACAAACUCAUCUACGAAUGGAUUGCCGUUCAAACUCAUGACACUUGAGACGUCCAAAAAGACAAGAGAAGCACCCAAACUGGACACUGUGGUAACUCUGAGGAAUGCAGCUAGAUUUACAACACCCAUCACCACAGAACUAAAGACAAUAGCUUCUUUUCAUAAAGAUGGCAAGCCACAAAAGCAGGUGGACUCCUCUGUGCUACAGAAUAAUACAAUCCAGGAGCCUGUGGUUAGUGCCGUAGCCCAAAGAACCCCUACAGAAAGAAUCCUAAAAAAGAAAAAUCAGAAAAAUGCAUUGCAUAACAUGACAGGUAAUCAGCUCCUAUGUGGAAGCCUCAAAUAUUUGGACGAGUGUAAAUUCAAAAUCCCUCCUUUGGAGAACAAAUAUGAUCUGCAGAACCUCGAGUCAAAGAUGGCCUACCACUGUGACUGCACCAGCCGUUUGGCUCUUCAGAUUGAAGGCCUCGAGCAGCCCAGUGUUCUCCUCUCUCUCCUGGCGGAUUUCGUCUCUCAGCAGUGCUUUACGCUGCCAAAGGAGAAAAAGUGCCACCGUAAAAAAAGCUGCUCAAGAGGCUUCACUAAAGCCUCUGACCUACAUCAAGCACUUAAGAAGAUGGAGGAAAAAGACACUGCCGGGGUGAGAAUUUCAGGCUAUGGCAGAAAAAGAGGGAUUCCUGUACGCCUUUAUAAGCGAUGCCUGAGGCUAGAAAGGCGAGCUGAUAUUAUGGCACAGCUCAGAUGAUUGUAGACUAAGCUGCUAUGUGCAGCAACAAUGAAUUGUAUAAGCUUUGCAUUUCAUGCAGCUUUUUCUGUUUCUCUCUGAUGUUGUAAAAUGGUAGUUUGUGGACUGAAACCCUUGAAUAGUGUAAUGCAUUUGUAAGUAUGCCCCUAUAUGAAUCAUAAAUAUAGGUUAUAAAGAAUUGCAAUACAAAGCUACAAGCCUCCAGACUGUUCAUUUAAAGUGUAAUAAAGUCAUUUAUUUUGUU